AUGUACAUUAAGGACCUUCGGUCUCUAAAUCGGGAUUUGUCGAAGGUGAUCAUUCUCGAUAAUUCCCUCUAUUCCUUCGCCUUCAACGUGAAUAAUGGAAUUCCAAUUUCUUCGUGGUAUUCGGAUCCUACCGACAAGAAGCUCUAUCAGCUGAUUCCGCUGUUGCGAUCCCUUUCCAUGGAAGACGAUGUGCGUUUGGUGCUUCGUGACAUGUUCAAGAUUCAGGAUAUCCUCGACUCCUAUGACGAUUUUUAUUGGUUUGUUUGUUUGGAUAUGUGA